CCUGAACUAAAGACUGCUGCAAGCUUGAGCACGUCAGUUGAAUUGACAACACCUGAUGGAUUUAGGACACCUGAUGAAUUGACGGCACCCGAUGGAUUGGCGACACCCGAUGAAUUGAUGACACCCGAUGGAUUGCCGUCACCCGAUAGAUUGGCGACACCUGAUGGAUUGUCGACACCUGAUGGAUUGACGACACCCGAUGAAUUUGCGACACCUGAAUUAACGUCACCUGAUGAAUUGGUGGCACCUCUUCAAUUUACAGAAAUGGAAGCAGUGUCAUCUCCAACUGACGUGACAGACAUGGUAAACGUCUUUCUACCCGCUGCGGCCCCGGCCUGGGGCCCUGCCUGGGGCCCAGCCUUGAUACCUGAACUAAGGACUACUGCAAGCUUGAGCACCUCAGUUGAAUUGACGACACCUUAUGAAUUUGCAACCCGUGAUGAAUUGACGACACCCAGUGGAUUGGCGACACCCGAUGGAUCGAUGACACCCGAUGGAUUGUCGACACCCGAUGAAUUGACGAUUCCUGAUGAAUUGGUAACACCUCUUCAAUUUUCACAAACAGAAGCAGUAUCAUCGCCAACUGGUAAAUCCACGGUAUCAAGUUUUCGGUUAUGGCUUCUGGAGUUGAAAAACAAAGAUACUAUAUUUCUAUCAUUCGGUAUCCCCAUAGUUGUGUAUGUCAUCUGUUUGUGUAUGGCGGCUCUUCUUCGUACUGGGCGGACUAAAAAGGUACGCGCAUACACUGGCAUUUCCGAUUGA